ACAGACUUCACGCAUCAGAGAACCACGCUCAAUCAGCAUGUUUUAACUGUCGACUUCAGUCAGAGAGGCCCCUUGGCACCACUGAGAACAGAUUGGAGGGGGAAAACACAUCUCUGUACCAAAAGACAAAACUUUUCCAUCCAUUCGGGUUCUUGCAUCUUCUUUGAGGGACAGAAACAUGGCUCCUUAUCUCAGCAUGAGCAGGAGUUUGGUGUGGCGUUGGCCGUUAGCAGGGUGUUUAACGCGUACGCUUCUCUUUGUGCUGCUGUGUGCACCAGCUCUCGCUCAGCUGGAUUUGAACAGAUUAGAUGGCGACACCGUGUGCCCAACCAUGAAGAAUGGGCAAGACGACCUUCCAGGAUUUGAUCUGAUGACACAGUUUCAGUUAGACGUGAUCCCAAUAAGAGGUGUCAGAAAGGUAGAAGGUUCCACUCCCUUCCAGGUGGCGUACAGACUCGACCGCGAGGCAAACUUCCAGAUUCCAACCAGGCUGAACUUUCCAAGGGGAUUCCCAGAUGAAUAUUCCUUCAUGACCACCUUUCGUAUGACAAAGAACACUGUGAACAAGGUGUGGAACAUCUGGCAAGUAGUGGAUGAAGAUGGUUUGAAGCAGGCAGGUAUGCACCUCAACGGAGACCAACAGGCCCUGGAGUUCUUCCUCACCACGAUGGAAGGAGACAUCCAGACCGCCACCUUUCCGGGUCUUUCUGUGCUCUUCAACACCAAAUGGCACAAGGUAAUGGUCGGUGUGGAGAAGGAACUGGUGACACUGUAUGUGGACUGCCAACCGGUGGACCAGAAACCCAUCAAGAGGAAAGGAUACGUCAACACGGAUGGAGACACUUUGAUUGGACGACUGGAUUCUGAUCCUAACACAUCUGUCGUGUUUGAGUUGCAGUGGAUGCUGAUUCACUGUGACCCAAAGAGAGCUCAGAGAGAGAACUGCACUGAACUUCCACGCGCUGAGCCAGAUCCCAAGCCGAUCCCUGGUCCCCCCGGCCCUGAGGGUCCUGAGGGGCCUCGUGGACACCCGGGUGAUGAUGGUCAAGAUGGGAGAGAUGGUGCUCCGGGCAUCCCAGGCACUCCAGGAGCUCUAGGCAGUAAAGGAGACAUGGGUGAGAUUGGACUUCCAGGACAGAGGGGGCUGCAGGGGCUGCCAGGAGCAGUGGGACCUAUGGGCCCCAUGGGGCCACGAGGACCAAUGGGAGAAAGAGGCCUUCGUGGUUUCCCUGGAUCUGCUGGACCCCCUGGACCAGCAUCUGUUGGACCUCCAGGACCUCCAGGGAAGCCUGGUACUCCGGGGGAUGAAGGAAACAUCGGACCAGAGGGCCCUCCUGGACCAAGAGGUGGUAAUGGGCUUCCAGGACCCCCUGGGCCCCCAGGACCACCAGGACCCGCAGGGCCUCCCGGUGCUGGGAAUCCUGAGGGAAGUGGGGAGACUCAGUGUCAGGCUACAUGCCCGGCCGGACCUCAGGGGCUGCCCGGUCUGCCAGGGAUGAUGGGACAACACGGCCUGCCUGGCUUGGACGGCGUUCCAGGCAGUCAAGGUGAAAAGGGAGAGCGAGGAGCCGCUGGAGAGCCAGGUCCUCCUGGACGCCCUGGAGAAGAUGGCCAGAGAGGUCCAAUUGGAUUCCCUGGAGCUCAUGGGGAUGAAGGAGAUCGGGGCCCUCCAGGAUUUAACGGUAUCCCAGGACCAACAGGACCACCAGGAUCUCCAGGUGUUGAAGGCAUCAGAGGGCGGCAGGGACAUCCAGGACCGAAAGGAGAUGAUGGUGUGAUCGGAGCCCCGGGUGAGAAUGGAGCUACAGGUGCCAAGGGUGACACUGGUGAGCCAGGAAAGCAUGGUUCUGAUGGAGACCCAGGAGCUCCAGGAGAGAAGGGAGAGCCAGGGCUUCCCGGAGCCAUCGGUGUCAGAGGAAUUGUAGGAAUUCCCGGUUUGCCAGGAAAACAAGGACUCGUAGGGUCUGCAGGUCAAAAGGGUGAAACUGGUGCUGUUGGACUGACUGGUCCAAUUGGGCUUCCCGGUAAAGAUGGUGCACCUGGACCUGCAGGAGAAGAUGGAACUCCAGGAGCCAAAGGAGCCACUGGUGAAACAGGAAAACAGGGUCCCGUCGGCCCAGCGGGGCCACCAGGAAUACUGGGAGAUAAAGGUGACCAGGGAUUCAUGGGUCCUCCUGGAAUCAAAGGUCACACGGGUCAUAAAGGAGACCAGGGUCCGAUUGGUCCAGUUGGUCCUAAAGGUAGUGAGGGUAAUCCAGGUGUUGCAGGAGAACCAGGCGUGAAGGGUGAUCAGGGGCCUCCUGGGAUUCCUGGCAUCAAAGGAGAGCUUGGAGAGAAAGGCCAGAGAGGAGCUACAGGUGCUGAUGGUCAUCCAGGACAGCCAGGUCAUGAGGGUCUGACCGGCCCCCAGGGGGCGAGAGGUUUGGAAGGGGAGAGAGGACUGACUGGACCACCAGGCCCCAGAGGAGUUCCUAGCCCAAAGAUGAGUGACGAGAAGAUUCGUGAAAUUUGUUCGGCUGUUGUUGAAGAACAUUUAGAUGCAUAUAAGAAAGAACUGGCCAAGAAGCCUCUACCUCUUGGGGCUCCUGGAACUCCAGGACCCAUGGGGCCACCCGGACCAGCAGGGACAGCAGGAGAGGCCGGACCCAGAGGACUUGUGGGCCCCAAGGGGCCUCCAGGAUACUAUGGCCUUCCUGGAAAUCCAGGAGCCAAAGGUGAUGCAGGACAAAAAGGUGAUAAAGGAGAUAAUGGGAUCGGAAUUCCAGGAAUUCCUGGAGAACCCGGACCACAAGGACCAGCUGGCAAGCGUGGCAUCGGUAAGGAUGGCAUCGACGGUGCCAGAGGAGAAGCUGGUGUACCUGGAUCCCAUGGUACCCCUGGGGCAAGAGGGCCCCGGGGCACCCCCGGUCUCUGUGAUCCUUCAAGCUGCUUCAGGCUUCAACCUUUUUAUCUGUUCGGUGGGAAAAAUCGGUGAACAUCAAGGGUCCAUGAACAGAAACAUAGAAAUCUUCUAGAAACCUUCAUCACAAUGAUCGGAAACACAGAGACAGUCCAUUUCCGAUAAACUUGAAGAGACUUCACAGAAAACGAGUGAACGAACAAACUGUUGUAUAGAGACAUACAGAUGCAGGUUUGAUGGUGGAUAAAAUUCAUAUGGUUAUUGAGCCUUGUACAACAUACACUAGAAUGGUUGGGAAGAAAAUAUCAAAAAUUUUUCUUUUUUUUUUUUCUUUCAGAAGGUGUAAAUAGCUGAAAAAUAAAUAAAAAUGAUUAGAA